UGGAGAUCCCCAUGGAGGUAGCACCUGGCCACAGUUUGGGUGGGUUUUAUUAAUAUUUAUUCACCGUGAAACAGUGUAUUCCACCUCAGCCUGCGGGCCCGAGCCUCUCUCGGUCUUUACUGAGGUGAAACCUGUCCCGUUAUUACACACACACAGAAGCUGCAUGGCCCCGGUCCCGCCAUGGCUGUGAGGGGGCAGGGUCCCGGUGCCGGUUGCCGCCACGGCUGAGGGGGCAGGGUCCCGGUGCCGGUUCCCGCUCUGGCUGAGGGGGCAGGGUCCCGGUGCCGGUUCCCGCUCUGCCUGAGGGGGCAGGGUCCCGGUGCCGGAUCCCGCUCUGGCUGAGGGGGCAGGGGCCCGGUGCCGGUUCCCGCUCUGGCUGAGGGGCAGGGGCCCGGUGCCGGUUCCCGCUCUGGCUGAGGGGGCAGGGUCCCGGUGCCGGUUCCCGCUCUGGCUGAGGGGGCAGGGUCCCGGUGCCGGUUCCCGCCACGGCUGAGGGGACACAACCCCGGGUGCCGGUUCCCGCCGAGCCGCACUGCCCGCCGGGACUCGUAGUCCGCUCAGCUCCUUCUGGGAGCUGUAGUUGGGUGGCGCUGGCGCGUCCUUCCCUUCCUUUCCCUCACUCCCUCCGUCGGUCUGCGGGGCGAUGGCCGCCCGUUCCCUCAGGCGCUUCAGGACGGUCUUUUCCCUCAGCGGCGGGACGCGGGGCGGCAGUUUGUAUUUCAGGGAGUCCCCCUGUGUUUUCAGCACUGCAGCUCAGCAGAGAAGUACAGGAGACGAGUGUGGCCCAGAAGAUCCCCAUGAUGAGCCCAAGCAUCCCCUUUCUGACUGUGCCUUAGAGCACAAAGCCAUCAAAUUGGAAGAACAAGUCCGGGAUUUAACAGAGCGGUACCGGAAAGCCUUGGCAGAUUCUGAGAACGUCCGCAGGAGGACGCAGAAGUUUGUGGAAGAUGCCAAGCUCUUUGGGAUCCAGAGUUUCUGCAGGGACCUCGUGGAGGUAGCAGACAUCUUGGAGAAGACAACCGAGAGUGCCGCAGAGGAAGCAGAGCCCAGCAAUCCAAACCCAACCCUGCAGAAAAUCUGUGAAGGCCUUUCUCUCAUAGAGGCCAAAUUGCAAAGUGUAUUUGCCAAGCACGGCCUUCAGAAGAUGAACCCUGUUGGUGGCAAAUACGACCCGUACGACCACGAGAUCGUCUGCCACGUGCCAGCCGAGGGGCUGCAGCCGGGCACGAUAGCGCUGGUGACUCAGGAUGGCUACAAGCUGCACGGCCGCACCAUCAGACACGCGCUCGUCGGCGUGGCGGUCGAGUCGCAGGAGUGACCAGGGGACCCUACUGAGCUGAGGAGCCCUCGGCCACAGCUGCAGCUGCAUGUCUUUACUUAUUUAUUAAGCUAGGUUUGUAUUGUAUGUUGGCUUCUUUAUAACGUGUGUGGUCAUUUUGCCAUCGGUUCUAAGGUACUUGUAUAUUUAAGAGUCCUGUUGGUGUGAGGAGCAGUACUGGCAGCUCUGCUGUUUGUCAGAAGCGUGGCACUGUAGCCCCUCUCUCCAUUGCUCAUUUCUCCAUUAAGACUUGGUUGGGGAAGAGGGGAGAUGCGGGAGAGAAGGGGAAAUCCUCCAGGAGCCAAGGAAUCUCGUUCCAUCUCCAAGACAGACUCCUGCAGUGGCCUUCAGGAGAGUGACUUCCCCGCCUCAGUCCCCGUAUCUGCAUUAAGGGAAUAUAAUAAUACUGACCUACCUCACAGGGAUGUGUUGAGGCUUUUUCUUUGCAAAGCACUCGGAAGAGGAAAAGCCCAAAGGAAUGAGUAUUAUUAUCAUACUGGUUUUGGUGUCUUCCCUCAUCCCCAGACCUGCGUGGGGAUGAAGAUGAUCACUUGAAAUGACAUUUAAGGGCAGCUUUUUCUUAUGUCGCUUCAGGAAAACAAUCCCGAAGUAAUGAAAUCUCUGUCGUACCAGAGCUGAACAGGGAUGAGGUUUCAAAGAGAAUUCGGUUGUUAGCUCGGGCUAACCUGUAAUUUUUGUUCUCCAGGUAAAAUUUCAGCUUGCCUCCUUGUUCCUAAAGGUAGAACAGGGAGUAGUGCUGCUCGGUGGAGCCACAAAACCAUUCUCAAAUCUCUUUUCCUCCAACCAAAAAGUGUAUUUUAGAGGAGAGCAAUUUCUCUUCCCCGAUGGGUGUUUGUGCAGCUUUCAAGCAUGAUAAACUAUAUGUUCUUUGUUGCAGCUGCUGGCAAAAUGGAGAUGUGCCCUUAAGCAGGAAAUCUGGACUGUUUUGUUUUCACAGCUCUCCAAUGAUGGUACUCGGAUAACACUAACGCCCAGUUCACGUUCAGAUUCUACUUUUGCCUGGCCAUAGCAAAUAUUAAACCUUUUGGUUUUCGAUGCCAGGGGACAAAUAUUUUCUACUAAAAGUCUCAAGUGCCCUUGGACCAAUUUUAGCAGCGGUGACAAGAAAGCAGGAGGAGCAGAAGGCUGAGGAAGUGAAAGCUGACCUCAAGCCAUCCUCUUAGUUGGAGGCAUGUUGUUGUCACAGCGUGGCAUAUGUAUCUCCCGGUAGUCCUUUUGCCUGGGAGCCCAUUUGUCUCAGCUGAGAGAAUGCAGUUGCUGAGUAGGAUCACAAUUUAACCCUUUACAGCACAGCAAGCAGUAGAAUGAGAGAAGAGUUCUAUAAACCAGCCUGUGGUCUGCACUACACAAAGCUGAGGCAGGAAUGGUUGCUUUCAGAUUGUUUCUUACCAAUUCCUUCAUUCCUGCUUUUUAUACUUUGUGGAAGUGGAUCUGUGGCCUGGCAGUUAUUUGAGAUCCACUUGCCAAAACUCUCUGCUGAGGUGGAUGCCAUCACUGGUUUGGAAGGAAGCUUAUCCUUCUCCCAUUCCUUUGCAGGCUUCAGUUGCAUAAUCCUUUUGUGGUGGACUCCGGGAUUACUGCAGUCUUCAGUUAGCAGCUAUCAACAGUCUUUCACCUGGGGGGACUCUGCAGCUCCUUGGUUGUCAGGCCAGAAAAUUAAGGAAGAUGCCCACUUUUAAUAUGCUUUGUGCCAGCUAUGGGGGAGUGACACUGGAGCUGAGGUGUGGCUUUCUGCCUCACCUCAGGCAGGUACUUGAGAGUCCAGCCCCGAAACAGUGCCUCAUGGCAGCAUGAGGUCACCUCGGACAAACCCUUUGUUCAGUGCUCUUGUUUUAUCAUGUAGUUGGAAAUUUCAGAGAUACUCAGGACUUCCUGGUCAUUGUUUUGCCAGUCUAUGUGCUGCCUGGGUCACCAGGUUAUGCUGUUGCUCGAGACAACAGGUCAAAUAUGAAAGAUGGCAAUGCAAGUCUUGCUGUUCUGCCUCAAGACUGCCUGCAGCCUGUUCUGAGGAAACUCUGGCUUCAACUGGAAGGAGCAUUCGGGUUCUCUGCUGCCUCCAGCUCCUGCUGACUCUUUCUACAGAAUGAGGGGGAAGCUGGUUCUGGAAACUUAAUCUGAAUGUGAAACUUGAUGUAAAAGGAACUAAACAAAAGCAAAGGCAUUUUACCCAACAGGUAGCUUUCUGUUGCAGAUUGGCUUCAGCUUACUUGAGCCAGGUUUAAAAGUAGCCUGUGACCAGAAGCUCUGGGCUCCAAAUCAUCUUUAAACUGACCCACCUGACUGUGAGACUAUACUACAGCUGCUUGGUCCACCCUGGCACUGUUUGCCAAGCCUGCCUGUCUCCUCAGAUAGUAUUCUCCCAUUUUUGCCUUAAAGCAAUCCCCUACAAUGCACUCUAGACCCUCUGUCUGUACGAAGAGGUUCUUGAUUGAGCUCAUGUAUCCGGGCUCUGCUUUGGCUGCGGCGCUGUCGAGUGGCUACAGCAGGAAUCAGGGAUCCAGUUCCUGCAGUCUUUGUCACCCUCCCACAGGCCUUGUUUCCUUCUGGGCUGAGCUGUUUUCCCAGUUCAUGCCCCAGGUUUUUUUUCAGUCUAUGAAACUUCUACAGGAUCUUAUCAGGCUUUUGUGAUGGUUACUGUAAGCUGUGCCCGUUGCUCAGAGACUCUUUACAGAAGUUACCAAAGAGAUAAAUACUGUAGCUGUUGUUUGUCCUAGUUUCUGCUUCCUUUGAAUGGCAAAGUGAAAACGAAAUGACCAAACCUGGAUUCCGUCACAGAAUCCAAUCUUCUAAGGCAGAAUUUGAUUGUCUUGCCUUUCAAGCACACUUAGUGAUCUCUUUUGUGGUGGAUGAGAUAAUGUGAGGGUGGAUUGAAUUUCUCCUGUAGGUUCCUGCUCCCUCGCCUGCCCUGUUUGUGUAAAGCUUGCACACUCAGCACUGGGGCAGAGCCCCUGUUGGUGUGGUGCCCCUGCACUGUUACACCAGAGAGGAGACCAACCUCUGAGCUUUUUCUCUCCAGCCACUUUGUUCAACGACUGUUUAACAAAACAAAGGAUGGAAUAGCAGGGGAGAGGAAGCCUCACAUACCUCACUGUGCUUAAUUGAGCUGGAGCUGGGAGUGCAGACAAGUAGACAUACAUGGGUGUGAUGGUGGCACUGUCUCCUCAGCGUGGCAGUGCCUUCACUCUGACCAGGAGCCGUGCAGAAUGUGAAUGUUGCUUUGCCAACCUUGGAUUCUCAGUGCUUCAGCAGCAGAGCUUCUGUUGGAAGAGACAGCUGGGAUAAGGCAGUAGCUAUUAACAGUCCUUUCCUUUUUUUUUUCCUACCAAAAAGAUGUAUUUAAGUUUUUUAUUGUGAAUAUUGUAGUAUGUUUUUUACUUUAGAGCUCGAGCUGUUUUGAUACAAGUUGCAAAGUCAGAUGAACAAAGCAUUGCUGAGCUCCAGAAACGGGAGCCCUGUCAGUUCGUGGCAAACCUGCCUGUCUUGUAGUUUUUGUUGUGUUUCUAUGCUCUUGGUUUACCCAAAGGAUUCAGGCUAUACGGAAAAAAAAAGUGUGGGAGUGGCACAGGGAAUUGACAAUGGCAUCUGAGGUGGUGUUGAAAAGGGCUCAUUUCCUUUAGAUGUCCAGAUCCUGUCCGUUUGCUAAUUAAAAGAACCAACCGAA